AUGCCUUGGGUCAACCCACCGAGUCAGUCUGAGUCAAAAACUAUGGCUGCCAACAGUAGUCAUACGCGCCUCGAACAAGCUAGCCGAGCCGAGCUUCCUUUCCGACACCCAAAAAGAAAAGCACAUACUAUAAAAGUGGGGCGGUGGCCCCCCCAAAGCACGAGCCAACUCAUCAGGAGAGGAAAAGGCGAUGACUGGGGAUCCUUCGGCUCCGGCGAGACCUCGAGUACUAUAAUUGGGUCUUCGCCGGCGAGAACGGAGGUGAAGAUCAGGAUCUCCAAGAAGCAGUUGAAACUCCUUUUAGGAAAAGGGGAUUCGGAGGAGGAUAUUAUGGCUCGAUUGAUUCAAAUUGGAGGGGAUUGGCCGGAGGCGGAUAGCCGGACGUGGACGCCGGCGCUGGCUUAUGAGGUCGCCGAACCGUGUCGCCGCCAUCUUCAACCGCUUCUGAGUUCUGACUAUGAAAAGCUUUGGGGUAAGAGUUUGCAGGGAGGUUCUAACGGGAGAGAAGAUGGAGAAUGGGGACGGGAGGCCGUGGAAUCUCAAGGAAAGGAGAGAUGA